AACUGUCCAAGAGGAGUACAAUAUGCUUCUUUUUAGAAGCAUUUCACUUCAGGUAUUUCUUUUACUGCUUGUACAUAUAUCUUUCGCUCAAGAAGAAUAUGGAUCAGAUUACGAAGAGAAUUCAGAAUAUAACAGUGAAGAUGGAGAAGAGCAUGGACACCCAGAUUAUUCCAAAUAUUAUUCCGUAGACGGAACACCCGCAGAAAGCUCUGCAUUGACAGGAUUUGUUGGUGGAACAGGGUUUUCUAGUUUCUUCAAUACACAGCCAAUAGAACUUUCUGGUACCAACAAGAAGCCUUUAACUCUCCCUCCCAUUAACUUUGUUCCACAACAGCAGCAGACACAGUCUCUGCCAAUAUUUUCUCCAAUUCAACAAGCUACAAAUUACCACCUAAGCGCACCUCUUAAGGACUUCUUUGAAGAAUCCCAGCGAAAGCAGCAAUUGCAAUAUCAAAAUAAAGAUGACUAUAUCAAACCAGGUCCUAGCUACAUUUCUCAUCAAUUACCCCUCAGUGUAGCUGCGACUGCGAAUGCCGAUGAAGUGGAAAGAAUACCUCCUAGACCAAAUAAACCAAAAGCUAAGCCAAAAAAAGAAAGCGAUGACGAAAUCGACGAAAUCUACAAAGAUGAUGUAGAAGUAGAAAAAGAGAUCGCAGUAAAGAAUGAUAAAUAUUUAGAUCUAUUAAAUACUAAACCCUAUGUAGACUACAAUACCGGAAAAUCAAGUUCUACUAUUUCACAAUAUCCUCUAGCUGCUGGUUUGUUGGAUGUUUCUAGCAGCAAACUAACACCUUAUCAAAAAUACAGUUUCCAACCAGUUGUUCAAGCUUCUCGUAUUACUGAUGAUUUAUAUAAUCCCAAGACUGUCGAACCCUUUAACCCUAGUUAUCAAAAGAAACUAGAAGCUAAUAUAAAUCUCGAAAGCCAACCUAGUGAAAAUGUUCCAAGUCAUUUAAAAGACCAUGAUUGUAGAAAAAUUUCUAAAUCUGAUUCCGAUAUGAAUUGCUUUGUUUGUGUAAAUUCAGACACUAAAUCCAAAUAUACCCAAUGUUCGUAUACUUCCGAAAAAGAACCCGUUCAGUAUAAUAAAGGAUAUUCGGAAAGAUAUUCUGUUCCAGCCAAAGACGGUCACUUUAGAUACAGAAGAUACACAGACAGAAAAAAUGAUCCAUAUUAUUCUAUAAGAGAAAGAUCUCGCAAAACAUUUGAGGAACCUAGUAUCCCUGAAAAUUAUAAUGCGGGUUUCCAAUAUGAACCAGAAAACUACGAGGAAAGUAAUCAAGAAGAGAGUUAUUCAGAACAACAAUCCGAAAAUAUAAAGAAGAAUCCUCAAAAUUGCAAGAAAGUCGAAAAAGAAGGAUCAACUUGUACCGUUUGCAGAGAUCCUAAAACAGGUGGAAACUAUGAACAAUGUUCUUAUUCAUCAGCCCCUUCAGAAAAAAAAUAUGCUUAUGUUAAAGAACGAAAAUAUAACAGUGACGAUGAACCCGAAGAAUCCAAAUCAGUUCCAAAAACAGAAAAUGCACCCAAAGACAAAAUUGAGACUAGUGAAACAAAAACCGAAGAAAAACCAGUCAAAGAUAUUGAACCAAUAGAAAAAUAUGAAGAGCAAAUUGACCAACAUAAGACUCCAAAAAAGCGCAAUGAUGAUAACGAUCCAAUCAUUUUCGAAAACUAUAAGAAAAAUAGAGACAGUAGUAGAGCUCGAUAUGCCAAAGAAAAAUAUGAGGUUCCCGUUCAUUUUGCUGAAAGCGUUCUAAAAGAAACACGAGACACACAUCCUGAAGAUGAGAGCUCUUCCAAAGACUUCGACGAAUAUCACUUAAAACUAUUUCCAGAAUUAUCUCGAGAAGAAUCUAGAAAAGAUGAAACAAAAGACGAAAGAGCGGAAGAAGAAGAAGAAGAAGAAUACGUAAUUCCUGAGUCCACCAAACAUAAUGUAGAAGAAGUGUUGGCAGAAUUUACUAAGAAGGACCGAUCAAAUUGUAAGAAAUCCGAAAAGAAUGGUAUGACAUGUUUCCUUUGUGUUGACAAGAAUAAGAUUCAACACGAAGAAUGCAUGUUCAUUCAAGAAUCUCGACCAAAGUCAUCUCAUGUAGCUUACCAUCAACUAAAGGGCAUUAAAAAAUUAGACAAUGAAGAAGAACAGCCAGAUGAAUCAAAAAAUAAACCAAUUUUAACGGAAGCUGAAAAAACUGAAUUUCUUAAAAAACCACAAAUUCCAGAAACACUGGAAGUAGCAGCAUCUGAAGGUGUAGAAAGAAGAGUAGCUUAUAAAGAACAUAAAGACGUAUAUAAGAAGAAAAGAAGUCCCAAAAAAUACAAAAAGAAACCUGUUGCAGAACCCACUUUGAAAACGCCUACAGAAUUUGAAGUUGGGGAUGAGGAAGGCGCUUUCAGUGCGGAAACAAAACCAGUCCACAGUAAACUGCACGGUGUGCAGCUUCCAAAGUACAUGGUAGAAAAGUCUGAAUAUGAGCAAGAAUUUGAUGAUUUUGCGGGUGCGCAUUAAAAAUAAUUGUGAUACAAUUUUUGUGCUUUGUUUGUUGUACAAUUUAUUUUAGAAUUUCUGUUGUUGUGUUGUUAAAAAUACAGUUAAUAAAAGAAUA